AUGGUAAGCAUCACCCUCUCGGAACGAGAGAGACUUAACUUAAUUGAACAGGGUGAUCACAUCUUCCUUGAGGUCCAAGAGCGGCUUUAUGAUGCCAAGAGGCAACGAAUUACCGAGAACAAGGACAAACUUGUGACGACACUUGACACGUUAACUGUCUUUGGCUCUCUGGACGAAGUUACGGAGUUGUUUUUAAAUGACGAGAAAAAGAUGGUGCUGGACUAUUCCGAGUCACUGGACAUUGUCGUGCUUAAGCCCCCCACACCAGAGCGUCCACGUAAUCGCACGAGUCUGCGGUGGUCACUUAGUCGUACACCAAGUCGCUUGUUGGCUCAAGACCAAGACUAUUGCUACCUCGAAGUUAUGAAACCUUACGGGACCCAGGACGGACGUCGUGGUUGGGCUCGAGUAUCGCACUCGAUCGAACACAAAGCAUGUCCAGAGCCCAAGAGUCAUGUGAUACGAGCCGAGCUUUUGUACUGCGGGCUAUUUUUUGAGGAAACAGACGAAUUGGGUGUAUUAAAUGCCACGGCAUUCUACAACAUUAAAAGUAGCACGGCUUCAUCUGUCUUGAUGCCAAUGGUUCAAAAAGCACGUGGAAAACGGACUGUGGAACUUCUCAAUCAUUAUUUAAAGAUGUCCCACAUGAUUCUUAGGUCAAAGAAAAUUUCACUCACAAGAGCGUUGCAGCUACAAGGCGAGAAACGCUGUACUGCGUGCGCAAAUUAUCUUUCCAUGUGGAAAUUUAAAAACAAUUGUGUCAUGUGUGGAUCGUACUUGUGUGAUAAAUGUAGCGACAUCGUGGUACGUAAUUAUCGUAUUGAUGGAGUUACUAGAGGACAAGUAGCAUGUUUUGCGUGCUCACACCGACGCGGCAAAAAGAUUUCGCAGACAAUGGAAAUCAGUGACGAAUUUUACGCGCUUAAUAACGGACCUGUCAUGGAUAUGAACCAUGACGAUGGACUGCGGGAUAAAAGCAUUUCUUCCUUUGACAUCGAGCAAUGUCCCAAGUGGUUUGACGACGUUGGCACACCAUCACAAGGUGUAGCCCAGGACAAGCCAAAAAGACUAGAAACGUGGCCUCAGCAACCAGCAACUUCACAGAGUAAGGAACAGCAAAUUUCAAAACCAACGUCAAGAAGCUCAGAGUUCGUCCCACAACAGACAUUUUUCAUGCCCAAUGCAGAAGCACAACGAAAACGUUGUAGUUCGCGUGCUACAAGUCAACAUUCAGGAAUGGGACAGGAGAAAGACUUUGUUGGGCGUCAUCGAAGUCGAACAACGGGCAAUUCAAGACUAUCGAAAAGAGCGAAACCAACAAGUUGUGCACCAUGGAAGGAUGUGCAUCACAAGUCCAAUGCUUUAAAGGAGGAGUCAGUCAAUGUUGCUUUGAAUCAAGACCUCGGGCAGCCAGCCGCUGCGAUUUUGUAG